AUGGCUGGAUCAUUCGCCCUCAACACAGGCGCAAGCAUCCCAUCAGUUGGUCUCGGCACAUGGCAGAUAAAACCUGAGGUCGUCGGCGACACCAUCUACGCCGCUGUCAAGGCUGGAUAUCGCCAUAUUGAUUGUGCUCCAGCAUACAGCAAUGAGACAGAGGUCGGCUUGGCUUUGAAGAAAUUAUUUGAAGAUGGUGUGGCUAAGCGUGAAGAAUUGUUUAUCACCUCUAAGCUAUGGUCCGGUAAUCAUGCACCGGAAGAUGUGCCAGAGGCAAUUGACACUACUCUGAAAGACUUGCAGCUUGACUACUUAGAUUUGUUCCUUAUCCAUGGUCCAAUCCGUAUCAGGAAAGGAACCACGCACAUCCCUGAAAAUUUGAUCCCAACUGACAUCCCUGCUACAUGGGGGGCCAUGGAAAAGCUAUACGACUCCGGCAAAGCUCGAGCAAUUGGCGUGAGUAACUUUACUUGCAAGAAGAUGGAGGACUUGCUCGCCGUUGCACGCGUGCCUCCAGCAGUCAACCAGGUUGAGUGCCACCUGAUCUGGCAGCAAGCCAAGCUCCGUGAACUAUGCCAGUCAAGGGGUGUUCAUCUUUCUGUAAGCUCAUUACAAACAUUAUACUCCCUCCGAAUAUUAGUUAUCGCUCAUAUGGAUGUCUCUAGCAAUGAAAUACGUCUAGACACAUCCAUUUAAGC